AUGGUUCAAUCUACCUAUGAUACUCUGUUCAACAAGAACAUGACCUCUACUGGACAAGUCUCAACUACCUCGGUUGUCACAAAGGCCAACUAUUUUGAUUGGCAAGAUAACUCUUCCCUCAAACUCGGAAAGCAAAUGAUCACAAUCACCGUCGGCGCCCAUAAAAAAAAGUUCCUAGUUCACGCCGACCUUAUCAAUCUUCAACCUCGUAUCUUCCGUCGUCUUCGAAUCUCUAGAUCGGUUGAUACAGGUGAUUCGUCAGGCUGGUUUGAUGUAUACCAACCCAUCUCAUGUUCCGUAUUCGUCCGCCUUCUCCAAUUUUCCUAUCAUGGGAAAUUGUUUCCUGGGAUUUCGAUCGAUACAUUAUGGCAUCUAUACCUCUUUGCCCACAAAAAUAAAGCCCAAGAUCUUGAGGAUAUUAUCAUGAAUCGGAUCAUGACUACGCAUCGAUCCGAUAAACAAUUAUUUCCUGAGCCAAGACAUAUUGAACUUGGGUACAAUUAUACCAAGGAGAAUUCCGCCGGGAGAAAGUUUCUUGCUUUGUGUUAUGCUGCUAUGAUGCAUGUUAAUACAAAGCUACCCUCUAUCUACAAUAAGGAAGUUCUAGUAGAAUUAGGGAAAAAGUGCGAUGGUCUCUUGAUUGAUGUCUCUAAUCUUACGAAUGGUAAGGGGUCAAUAAAUAUCUCAGAAUGGGAUCCUAGAUAUGCUCCUGAAUGCUUGUAUCAUCAUCAUGCAUAG